AUGACUACCACCACCACGGCCCUCGCCAUCGGGGAACCGCAACCCAUGCACAACGCCAACCACAUCUUCAACGCCAUCCACUCCUCCAUGCGACAAUGGGGAUCAUCAAUUCAUCAUAAUGGAAUGUCUUUUUUUCUUGCCUCUGUCCCGAAGGGAGUCAAGCUCUAUCACGGUGACACACGAUCAGACCCCAUCUCCAGGAUAGGCUGGAUGGCUUUCGACCCCGAGCACGCCAUGGUAUUCGCUCGAACACCUUCAAAACAGCCAUCUCACAGGGACUCCGAGUCCCAGCAAGUAAUGAUUACCCCAGCUGAGACUGGCAGUCUUCACACCUACGCGACCACGGAAGACCUUCGCCUCGUUUACAUUGACGGUACCUCGGCGGGGAAGUCUCAAAUAGGCACACUGGACCUGCAGGACAGAGUCCUAUUCGAAGAUAUACUGAAGCAUGGAGGCGUAAGCCAAGAGUCAGCGCGCGCUGGCGCUAUUUGUGAGAUCGCGCAAGAGGAAUGGAAUGGACGUAUCGACGGCGUGAUCCGGAUGGCAGCGGGUUUUGAGAUCAUUCUCUGUAAUCCCGAACAGAAGCUAGACACAGUCAAUAUUGCUCGAGUGACGCUUCCCAGUCGGGAUUCCGCAAAGAAAAGCGGCAAACCUGGUGACUUGCUUCAGACGGUCACAUCAAGGUAUCAUGGCAUUGGCGGCGACCGGGUCAUUGUCAACUAUGACGCUUUCGUCACUGCAUAUGACUACGGUCUUGAUCUGUUCCAUGGUGGUAGCAAGCAUCCGCGUCUUGCGCAUCUCCCUGCUUCAUCGCUUGCGCCCAUUAGGGAUGAUUUGACUGCGCUAGUCAUGAUUCACGAUCCUACGACGCGGGUGAUAAACUGGCAAGGAGUGGUGGACAUGGUGGUUGAGAAAUACGGUCGCAUUCUGCGCGGCUUAGUAUCCGCCCAUCAUGACGAUCAGGCUGCUCGCCUCGAGUUUAUUAUGGAGACGGCAGAGCGUAUAUUAUCCCCAUUUGUCGAUCGCGACAAUCGUGAUUACUACGCUGAGAUUAACCGAUGUGCUAGCCAGUUCAUUCCAACUCAUGCUCCUAAGGACUCUUUGGGCUACCGAGCUGUCUAUACUGUUAGCAGUAGGAUCUGCAGCAGUCUUAUGGCAGGCAUGGAGGCCAAGGAGUACGGUAUAGUGACAACUAUUCUGCAGGACCUGAUGCACUAUCUUGACUGGAGUAUAUGGAAGGAGUGUUCUGGUUGCCAGGAUAAUGAAUUCUGUGCUGUUCCUAUCUGGCCGCAGGGGUCACAGGAAGAUUACGAUCAUCCGCGAUGCCAGAAGUAUGAUAGCGCCUUUCAGGGGGACAAUGACUACUGGGGCCCUGUGUGGCGUUAG